CCGUUAGAUUGGUUCCAACAAUUGAAGCUCAUAAAUUCAUCUGAAAAGAAAGAAUCCAAGACAAAAUUUAUAAGUAAAUAUGGAUAGAUUAUCAGAAGAUCUGUGCCUUAAGAUUUUCCGUUUUUUGGAUCAUCAGAGCCUUGCCACUGCUCAUCAAGUUUGCAGAAAGUGGAAGGUCUUAGCCUCAGACAACAAUCUGUGGCAUAACCUAUUCAAGGAAAGAUGGGGAGCAGAUGGGGCUGCAUUUUUCGCCCCUACUGAUUCAAGAUCUUGGAAAGAUGUGUAUGAGGUGCAAGAUAGAUGUGAUCGAGUUGGAUUGGGCCUGAAAAUAAUCAGAGAAGGCAGUGACUACUAUCUCGUUCACCAAGGUGAAAUCCAACGCUACUUGGGUUCAAGAAGUCAAAGAGAAGGCGAAGAUUGUACAUUCAAUCCGGAAGGAGAAAUUGCGAUGAACGGUUCAGUAGAAGAGGAAUCCAGGGAAGGCAUUCUGAACCGAAUCCUUUUCUUCGUUGGGGACUUGGAAAUUGCUUUAACAGACACUAAACGCUGCCGACUGGUAUGAUGGAAACUGGUGAAACUGGAUAAUAUUAUCAGUAUGCAUUUGUAUAUUUUUUUCCCAUUAUGCAUAUCAUUGUUUUAAAUUGUAUUGUAAACAUGUUAACUUGAUGCUCUUCAACUUGCUGGCGCCAUAACUUCGCCAAGCUUUUACCUGCAUCUGAACCCAGAAGUUGGGAUGGUAACACAUUAAAUAAAUCUGUAAUUUUGUUCCAAUUCUCCUUUUCAAUUGUGGAAGGAGGGGGUCUUUGUCUCCAUUAUUAAAGUCUUUGAAGUUUUGGAUCAGUGGGAUUUUAUGCAUAAAAUUUAGCCCCUUUUUCUAGUGA